AUGAAAUAUCUGAAACGAUCCUAUUCAGACGACUUUGAAUCCUCAUACGAUCUUGGCUUGAAUCUAAAGGUAAAGAAUAGUGUUCUCGACAAACUAUUUGACCCAACGGACACUGUGACAAACGGCUUGGAUGCCAUCAGUGGAAAGAAGGAAGUGGGUUCAGAAAACUCAUUUUACAUCUCGGCCAAUCAACCAAACUGA